AAAAUGAGGCAGAGACAAUUUAUUUUCUAGGACAAUAUCUUGUGUGCUACAUAAUAAGAUUUUUCUUAAUACAAAAUAUACUCAACUAGGGACAGUGUAUGAUUUAGACUAAUCAAUAAGGUUUCUUCAUAGAGAAGGAGAAAAGAAAUUGAUAUAGACACCCCCCAUAAAAGAUAUAAAAAGUUUCAUAGAGGAUCAUAUCUGAAGAAAAAGACUUGGACCCUCUUUUUGUCACACCCUACAACUUUAGAUUUUUACUUUGACAAUUCCACAAAAUAGAGGAUACAUAAGAAUGGUCUAAAAAAAGAAUUGCAUGGCAAGUCAAAGAAUAGGAGAGCUUGAUUUUUCUGAGGCAGGACAUUCAACUCAUGAUGUUCAUUAUGGAAUUCAUCAUAGGAUUAACAAUUCUUCAUCAAGCUUAAUGAAUGAAGGAUCUGGUUUUGAUUUUGGGGAGCUAGAAGAAGCAAUAGUUAUGCAAGGAGUUAAGAGUAGAAAUGAUGAAACAAAAGCAUCUUUUUUCACAGCCAGACCUGCUGCUUCUGCUACACUGGAAAUGUUCCCUUCUUGGCCAAUGAGAUUCCAUCAAUCCUCAACAGGAGGGAACAAAUCAGGAGGGGAAAGCAGUGAUUCAGCACUAUCAAGCAAAAAUGAGAACCCUUUUGAAUCAGAAUCAUCACAAUUAAGUUGUAAAAAAGCAUCUUCAUUUGAUGAAGAGAAUCUGCAGCUACAGCAACAGAAUCAAUCAGUAACAAAAGAAAAGAAAAAGGGAGGUGGUUCAGCAUCAGAUAAGCCACUUGAUGCAAAGACAUUGAGACGUUUAGCACAAAACAGAGAAGCUGCAAGAAAAAGUCGCCUAAGGAAAAAGGCUUAUGUGCAACAACUAGAGUCAAGUAGAUUAAAGCUUGCACAAUUGGAACAAGAUCUUCAAAGAGCACGCUCUCAGGGUAUGUUCAUGGAUUGGAAUGGUGGUGUUGGAGGCAACAUAAGCUCCGGAGGUGCAAUGUUUGACAUGGAAUAUGGAAGAUGGUUAGAAGAAGACAACCGUUUAUUAACGGAGUUAAGAAACGGAUUAGAAGCGGGGUUAACAGAUAAUGAAAUGAGAGUAAUGGUGGAUGGGUAUUUAUGUCAUUAUGAUCAAAUAUUUAGAGUGAAGAGUGUCACUGCUAAAUCAGAUGUGUUUCAUCUUAUUAAUGGCAUCUGGACUUCUCAAGCUGAACGUUGUUUUCUUUGGAUUGGUGGCUUUAGACCCUCUGAAAUUAUCAUGAUGUUGAUCCAACAAUUGGAGCCACUAGCAGAGCAGCAAAUAAUGGGAAUGUAUGGAUUAAGACAUUCAUCACAGCAAGCAGAGGAAGCACUCUCUCAAGGACUUGAUCAGUUGCAACAAUCUCUUGUUGAUACCAUUGCUGGAGGACCCCUUGUUGAUGGUGUUCAACAAAUGGUUGUUGCCAUGGGUAAACUUUCUAAUCUUGAAGGAUUUCUUCGCCAGGCUGAUAAUUUGAGGCAACAAACUCUUCAUCAACUAUGUCGAUUACUCACACUUCGUCAAGCGGCACGCUCUUUUCUUGUUAUUGGAGAGUACUAUGGACGACUUCGAGCCCUUAGUUCUUUGUGGGCAUCAAGACCACGAGAGACCAUGAUGAGUGAUGAUAAUUCAUGCCAAACAACUACAGACAUGCAAAUGGUUCAACCUUCUCAGAAUCAUUUCUCCAAUUUCUGAUAGAUAUAUAAUUAAAUUAAGCUCUAAAAAGUUGAUUUAUUUGGACUACUUUAGAAAAUGUCAGUGUUAUCUAGGAAAAAAUAUUUAUUUAUUUUUCUUUUCAAUCCUCUGUUCUAGUGCCUUUAUGUUUUAUUGUAAAUGUAAAUUGAGCUUUAAUUAUGUGCAUGAUGAGGAAGCUCUAACUUUAACUAAAGAGAAAUAGAAAAAACAGUUCAUGAAAAAAGUGCCUGCAAG